AUGACAGAUUUACAAUCCGUUUUACAAACAAUAACACCUAACAUCCGUACGAUUCUUGAGCAUUGCUUAGAAGGUAAGGAACUCAAGCAAGACGAUGCUACUACACUGUUUUCAGUAACAGGUCCUGAGUUAACAGCAUUAGUACUAACAGCAGAUUACCUCAGAGAACUUCAGUGUGGAGAUCAAGUUAGCUAUGUGGUCAACCGAAAUAUCAAUUUCACCAAUGUAUGUAUCAAGACCUGUCAAUUUUGUGCAUUUUCUCGAGAUUUACGUUCAGAAGAAGGCUAUUUUUUACCGACAGAUGAAAUUAUUCGCCGUGCUCAAGAAGCCCUCUCCUAUGGUGCAACCGAAGUCUGCUUACAAGCAGGUUUAGCACCAUCUAUUGACGGAGAAAUCUAUAUUGAUUUGUGCCGUGAGUUGCACCAAGCCCUACCUAAACUGCAUUUACAUGCCUUUUCUCCAGAAGAGGUAAAGUAUGGUGCCAUUCGUUCGAAACGCACAUUUUACGACUAUUUAUCAGCCCUAAAAGAUGCUGGCAUUGGUUCUCUACCAGGUACGUCUGCAGAAAUCUUAAAUGAUACACUGCGCAAACGUAUUUCUCCUGGUCGUAUUUCAACACAAGAGUGGAUCCAAAUUGUUACCACAGCUCAUAAGCUUGGUAUCCCGACAACAUCAACGAUGAUGUUUGGUCAUGUAGAAACCAAAGAGGAACGUGCUGCGCAUAUGGCGCUGCUUCGAGAUAUUCAAAAACAGACAGGAGGGUUUACAGAAUUCGUUCCCUUAUCCUUUGUCCAUCAAGAAGCCCCCCUAUUUAUAAAACAAGACAUUACAGGUGUUCAACCAGGCCCUACAGGCAAUGAUAUUAUUCGAAUGUAUGCCAUUGCACGCCUUAUGUUGGGGGCUACGAUUAAAAACAUUCAAGCCUCUUGGGUCAAAGAGGGAUUACGGAUGGCAUCUUGGCUACUUAAUUGUGGUGUCAAUGACCUAGGUGGCACCUUAAUGAAUGAAAGCAUUUCAACAACAGCAGGUGCAAGCCACGGCCAGCUCAUGACACCAGCAAUGUUACGUCAUGCCAUUCGUGAUGCGGGUAGAGUUCCAGUCGAACGUCGUACGACCUACGAAAUACACCGUCAAUUUAGCCGCGUUCUAGAGGAACAAGAAAUAGAGCAAGAUCCACUGUCACAACUUGAACACCCACAAGAAAUUUUUGGGUCCUAUCAAGAAUUAACAACAGAUCAAACAUUUACAUAUAAAUUUGAAAAUGCCCUAUAA